AUGGGAUCCUGGGUAAAUGGAGCUUGGGUUUGGAAUUUUACUUGGCGGAGGGUGUUAAGAGAAUGGGAAUUGGAUAUGCUAAAUCAUAUGAAGAGUAUUCUACAAUCGUUUGCGCCAUCCCUGAAUUCUGCAGAUUCUUGGCUCUGGUUAGCCAACCCGGAAGGUAAAUACACAGUGCAAUCAGCUUACAUAAGCUUGCAAGAUCAUGGUCCAGAUUUAAUUGAAGAUACAUUCAAGUAUUUAUGGAGUGUUCCAGCCCCUUCAAAUGUGCUGGCUUUCAGUUGGAAAGUCUUUCAUGAUAGAAUUCAGUCAAGAGUAAAUCUCAGCAAACGGCAUGCCCUCCCCCCACCUGCUGAUGUUCAAUGUCCCAUGUGUUUGCUACAGGAAGAAACCUCAAUGCACCUCCUCUUUUCUUGUCCAGCAGCUUGGAAUAUAUGGAUGGCCUGUUAUAAGUGGUUCGGUUUUUCCACUGUGCUUCCUAACAACGGUAAGGAACACUUUCUGCAACAUGUCCAACCGUGGUGGGCGAAAUCACAAAAGCAGGGAGCUUGGGCAGUGUGGCUAGCUAUCAUUUGGGCCAUUUGGAACUCCAGGAAUAAUUAUAUCUUCAAUAAUGUUCCGCUGAAUAUUGAUAAGGUUAUAGAUGGGAUCCAAUUCAAAUCAUGGAGCUGGCUUAGAGGCAAAGUAAAAGGCUUUAAUUACUCUAUUUAUGAGUGGCAAGUUCAGCCGUGUAUUGCAAUUGCAUCUCUGUGA